AUGUACAGAAUAGAUGUUUCAGAUUUUUAUGACUUCCAAGCAUUCAGAAAUAUGUGUCCAUUUAGAGACUAUAACAAAGCAGUCGAGAAUUUGAAACGUUUAGUCAUUUAUGUUGACUCUGCCCCAGAAUGUUAUGUCAUGAAAGAAUGGGAUGUUGUCUUUAACAAACCAAGAGCAACAAUAGUGUCUGAACAAGAAUGUAGACAGAAACUUAAGAAAAUAAAAGUUGUACAAGUUGGAAUGAAGAUGUUAGAUGCUUGGGAUAUCUUAUUGUCAAAGUUAGAAGAUUUUUCAGUUCGAGGUAUAAAGUUUUAUACACCUUCUCCAAACUUCUAUUCUAUCUUCACUGGAUAUAAGUUAGUAUACAAGUCAAGGGUACGAAGGCACUGCGCGCCUCCUUACCCAAUACUUGUGAAUUUGACACUUUACAAAACCGUUAACGUAUAUUUUACAACACAAACGACAACACUAACUUAA